AAAGCCGGUUCCACUUCAUCUUGGAGAUGGAGGACAGCUUCCCAGGAGAACAACUGCACACCCCUCCACUCCUCAUGUUCUCAGUUUGCUCUUCUCUGUGAUACAACCAGCAUCAUGAGAACAGCCAGCAGCAGCUCCAGCGUGAUGAAAUUUUCACUCCUUGACAAGUGCAAGAAGCCGAAAAACUAUGCCCAGCCAGAAGUUUUGUGCCACACCUUUGAGAUGCUGUCCAACCUCCACAAGCUGCUUCCUAAUCACCUGAUGGAGACGCUUUAUUCCUACAAGAGUGAAGAGGACAAGAAAAAAUGUGAGAAUCCUGAACUCUCUGGCUUAGAGAGAAUCUUAGCAAGACAUCAGUUGCCAGAAGAGAUUAAUCUGACCCCAAAGCCGAACAGAAUGCCCCUGUGGAAAAGAAAAAUCAUCAACAAUGUAACUGAAGGGUGGAAGAAAUGUCACUUGUUGAAGAGAAACACGAAAGAGCCUCCAAUGUCCACCGUAGUUGUCAGAUGGCUGAAAAAGAACAUGCAACCCACUGAAGACCUCAAGUCAGUGAUCUGUAGGCUGUCAGCAUUUGGCCCAAUUCAGUCAGUCACUAUUUGUGGACAUCAAAGUGCUAUAGUGGCAUUCAAAGACAUGACUUCAGCCUGUAAUGCUGUGAGUGCUUUUCAAAGUAGGACCCCAGGCACCAUGUUCCGGUGUUCCUGGCAACAACGAUUCAUGUCAAAAGACGAAUAGCAGAGGCCCACCAGGCCCUGGGCAGAAGGAAUGAUAAUAAAACUUCUGAAAAGUGAAAUGCAAAAAUAGCUGAAAGGAGAAACAUUUCAGGUUCCCAACUGUGGGCAUCCCGGAAAGAGCACUUCCUCUCAAAGCUAGAGCUCAGCCCGGAGUCCUAGUCAGUGACAAAGUUCAACGAAGGCAGCGGUCCCAGGCCUGAUGGUGGGAAUGACGCCCAGUCUAAUUUCAAUACCAGUAUCGAUGCUAGUUGUCAUUGAACUUCGCCCUCCCACUCCAAGCCUCUCAGGGACACUACAAGGGUCAGGGAAACAGCAGGUCUUCAAGACACUCAUCUCAAAGUGCCAAGCCGACAGGUUUUCAGCGGUGACAUUCACCUAGAUGGAAGCAUGUGGCCGUGGACACCCCUGUUCUUUUUCAGUCUCUUGUAGGAAAACAUUAAAAGAUUUCUCACUGCUUGGAAAGGUUUUCUGGAAAAGCACCUUAAUGGAUAAAAUGAGGAAUAACAGAGAUACUGACUCAGCAACUUGCCCUGUAUUUUCCUCAACACUUUUAGGCUGUGGGCAGUCUUAUCUGAUUCCAGUACACGGCCAAGUUCAUUCUUUUCCUGCUGUAAGAAAUUUGGAGGAGAGAGCAGAGACAAGCUAUUUUUGAUGACAUGCUUUUUAAAUAUAGAGUCAGGUCUCACUUUUCUGAGGUGGGAGGAGCCCAGGCUGGACUCUUCUCAGGCUAGAGUGCAAAUGCAGGCUUUGUGCUCAUUCACCCCUUGGUUGUCAGCCGCCUUGACCUCCAACCUGGAAACCAGGGGCCUGCUACAGGAAAGCAGGAAGGUCUCCUCUUGGGUGAUGGCCCUCAGCAGCACUGAGCAGCAAGGCUGGAAGACAGCAGCUGGAGGGAAACAGAGGCAGCUGAAACAGCCUGGGUGUCUCUCAAAUGGAAUCAGUCCUGGAAUUAAUGAAACACUGGUGCUAGAACAGGUUAUAAAAAGCUGCAUAAUGCUGAAAUGCUGAAUAAUGAAUGAUCACCAUGAAAAAAGUCAGUAAAACAGAUUCCAAAAGUCUCCACAGAAGCCUUAAAGGAGGUGGGACAGACAGUGUGAGCUCAUCCUCACCAAGGGUCUGCAGCCUGAAUCGGGUUGAAAGAAAAUCGGUCUCCAUUAGCUCUGGCUGCGGGAAGCCUGAUAGUUCUAUAUUGGUGAAAUCUAGACAUCAUGGCUCCAAGUGACAAAAUCCCUUCUAAUUUCCAAGGGAAAGGAACAGUCUUCCAAGCAGGCCACGAGAAAAUCUAUAGAAUAUGUUUCCAGUACAGAUAAGGGCAUAUUUCAAAAUUAUUAUUUCAAUUAGAGACAGGCUUAGCUCUUGCAAUAUUGAGACUGGAGUGCAGAGGGUGCAGGAGCAUAAAAGGCCAGAGGCAGCUGGAGAAGCUGCCUUCAUUGCAGUGGAUAAGCCUAUGUGUCCUGGGGUUUAUCUGUCAAGAAUAGCAGGUGACUGCCUGCAUCUCUGCAGGUUAGAGUGCACUUGGAGGCUUUGUGCCUGCUCACCCUCGGUUAUGAGCAGCCUGGAGCUCCAACCCGGAAACCAGUGGGGCUGCUACAAAUAACAUCAGAGCAUUCGGGAGACACUGCUCCUGGGAAAGAGGCUGAGAGGGCAGCAGUGGGGACCGAGGGUCCCCACAUCCUUGGACCAGAAGCCAACUCAAUCCACAGGCCUUUAGCAGAGUUAUCCAGGGAGAAUGAAUGGGUGGAUGCCCAAGGCCAAAUCUCUGUUUAUUACUUUGUGGCUUUGGCACCAACCCUGUGAGGAGCCCCGGCCUUGGCCUGCUGAGUCCCAGUCAGCAGUUGUGAGUCCCAGUCAACAACUCAGCAAACCGGCUUUUAAUGAAUCAGUCCUUUUGUGAAUUUGGUCAUUUGGUAAAUUGGUUUUUGAAGCAUUGAUUUUUGGAGGAAUGAGCAGGAACCCUCCGGGGCCUGUCUCACAGGUAGGAAAGGGUAGAUGGACAGAGCAGCGCUGCUCGGCCUCUGUGAGCUGGCAUUGAAAAGUGCUGUGUGAGCCGGCAUUGAAAAGUGCUGUGUGGCAGGUGGGCAGAAUUUUCCCGAGGCCUCUGUGCCGUGCGAUCUUCCACCCCCGAGGCAGGGCUGGGCUGCUGCACAAGUCAAUGGGCAAAAUCUGCAGGUGAGAAGACAGCCUCUGGGAAAUGACGCAUGAGGGUGCUGGGGACAAGAAGAAAAGGGACUGCUUUGAACGGCCACUGGGAGUGGGAGGGUUCAGACAGAGCAUGCUGUGUCUCCACUGCUGUGGUGGGUGUGUGGCAAGUCACCUGUGGCCCUGCUCAACAUCCACGCAUUUGCUGUCCUUUGCUCGCCAAGACCGUCAUUAUCUGAGACAAUCUGGCUGCCCACGCCUACCCUAAGGGAAAAGCCUCCUCUGGUCGGAGGGGCCCUGCCAGGCUUGUCUGGAUCCCUGCGUGCUGUCUGUGUGGGCUCCCGCUAGCUGGCCUCGGAAUUGAUUCUGCUGCUCCACCUGUCAUCACUGCCAUUUAUUCGUACGUGGGUGUUUGCCACGGAUCGCCUCUUCACAUACCAGUUCUCUUCUAUUUGUUCUGGGGUUUGUUGCUGUCAUUUUCUUUGCAAAGAGAUGUUUUCUAUUCCCCAAAGCCUACAUUUCCCCCACUCACUCCUCCUCUCAUCCAGUAAAGUUCAGACACUUCCAGUUAAAAGAUUCUCCCGCUUAUACCGCUGAUGAAUUGAUGACAGGGGCAGGAAGAUGGCUUUCUCUGUUCCUCUUCCUUCUCCUUUGUAAAAUGAUGGCAAUAGAUUCAUAUCAUCUUUACAUUCCUGUUUUUUUUAGAGUCAUCCCUGGGUAUCCAGAGGGGAUUGGUCCCAGGACCUUCAGGAUAGCAGUAUCUGCUGAUGCUCAAGUCCCUGAUAUAAAAUGAUGUUGCAUGUGCAGAUAACCUGUGUGCAUCCUCUCUUAUCUUGCAUUCACCUCUGGAUUACCUAUAACACUUAAUACAAUGUAAAUGCUAUGGAAGUAUUGUUUUCUAUUUGCUUUUUUUUUGAGACAGAGCCUUACUUUUUCACCCAGUCUGGAGUGCAAUGGCACGAUUUUGGCUCACCGCAACCUCUGCCUCCUGGUUCAAGUGAUUCUCCUGCCCUAGCCUCCUGAGUAGCUGGGAAUGCAGGCACCUGCCACCACGCCCGGCUAAUUUUUGUAUUUUCAGUAGUGAUAGAGUUUCACCAUUUUGGCAAGGCUGGUCUUGAACUCCUGACCUCAUGUGAUCUGCCCGCCUCAGCCUCUCAAAUUGCCGGGAUUACAGGCGUGGGCCACCAUGCCCCCCCUGCAUCAUUUUUUAGUGUUGUAUUAUUUUUAUUCUUUGAAUAUUUUUGAUCUGAGGUUGGUGGAACCUGCAGAUGCACAACCUGCAGAUGCACAACUCAAGGAUAGGGAGAGCCAAUUGUACCUUUGUUUUUAAGCAGCUUCAUGGAAGUACAAUGGACUGUUUCAACCAAACUACCUUGGAUGAGGUAUGAUGCCAGACACAGCUUAUGGGAAAGGAAACAGUAGGUGUUACAGGUUUGUAUGAACACAGGAGGGCUGCCUGAGGGAAGCACUGGGGUGGGUCAGAAGGCAGAGGGAGGGGGGCUGUGAGCAAGCACCCUUAUUGUGGUUUCUGCAGGAAGGAACAGGCGAGGCGGGGCUGGCACACUUAAGAUUGAGCAGUUGGAAUAAUUUCAGGGUUCUGUGGCAUAUGGGCUGUCCUAGGUUGUCUGGUACUCAGCCUUGGGUUAAUUAGGGAAGAGGAAUACUGGCCUGGAGUAUGAGAGCCCAUUAACGGAGUUGGUUGGGGUGUGGAAUUAAAUUAGCUGCUUAAGAAAGGGAAAUGACAGGCCUCUAGCUAGGGCCUAAAAACUGGAUCAAGGGCCAGGCAUGGUGGCUCGUGCCUGUAAUUCCAACACUUUGGGAGGCCGAGGCAGGUGGAUCACGAGGUCAAGAGAUUGAGACCAUCCUAGACAACAUGGUGAAACCCCAUCUCUCCUAAAAAUACAAAAAUUAGCUUGACGUGGUGGCAUAUGCCUGUAGUCCCAGGUAUUUGGGAGACUGAGGCAGGAGAAUCGCUUGAACCCGGGAGGUGAAGGUUGCAGUGAGCCGAGAUCGCGCCACUGCACUCCAGCCUGGCACUGUCUCAAAAAAACAAAAAACAAACAAAAAAACCCCAAAAACUGGAUCAAGACAGCAUUUUAAAAGACUGAAUGACAUUGACAUACAAUAAACUACAUAUUUAAAUUGUACAAUUCAGUGAUGUUUAUUUCUGUAAACACCUAUGAAACCAUCACCACAACCAAGAGAAUGAACACAUCCAUCACCCCCAAAGGUUUUCUCAUUCCUGCUGGGAAUCUUCCCUCCCCAAGCAACUACUGGUCAGCUUUCUAUCACUUUAGAUGAGUUGGCAUUUUCUAAUUUUUUUUUUUUUUCUUUUUGAGACAGAAUCUCACUGUGUCACCCAGGCUUGAGCGCAGUGGCGCAAUCUCGGCUCACUGCAGCCUCGACCUUCCAGGUUCAAGCGAUUCUCGUGCCUCAGCUGCCUGAGUAGCUGGAACUACAAGUGUGUUCCACCAUGCCCGGCUAAUUUUUGUAUUUUAGUAGAGAUGGGGUUUUACCAUUUUGGCUAGACUGGUCUCAAACUCCUGUCCUCAAGUGACGCUCCAGUCUCGGCCUUCAAAAAUGCUGGGAUUACAGGCAUGAGCCACCAUGCCUGGCCUCUAAAAUUUUAUAUAAGUGAAAUAAUACAGCAUGUAGCCUCUUUUGUUUGGCUUCUUUCACUCAGCAUUAUGAUUUUGAGAUUCCACCAUAUUUUUACAUGUAUCAAUAAUUUAUUUCUUUUUACUGUUGAGUAAUACUCAUUUAUGGAUACUAUACUGCUGUGUGUUCAUCCAUCUGUUGAUGAGCAUUUGGGCUGUUUUCAGUUUUGGCUGUUAUUACAAAUAAAGUUGCUAUGAACAUUCAUGUAUACUUGUGCAUGGGUUGAAUGGCUGGGUUAUAUGGUAUGUGUAUGCUUCAUCUUUUAAGAAAAAAACUGUCUUCCAAAGUGGUUGUACCAUUUAUAUUCUCACCAACAGUGUAUAAGAACUUUAGUUGCCCAUGUCUUUGCCAGCACUUAGCAUGGUUAGUCUUUUAUCCAUUCUAGUGGGAGUAAAGUGGCAUCUUAUUGUAGUUUUAAUAUGCACUUGCCUAAUGACUUUGGAUAAUGAUCAUGUUUUUAAUGUGUUUAUUUGCCAUCAGUCAAUCUACUUUGUUGAGGUGUAUGUUCAAAUUUUUUGGGUAUUUUUUUCUUAUUGAUUUAUUUGAAUUCUUAUUGAAUUGUAAGGGCUCUUUAUAUAAUCUAGAUACAAGUCCUUUGAUGCAUACGUUUUGUAAAUAUUUUCUCACAAUCUCUGUCUUACUUUUUUACUUUUAUAUUCAUAUCCUUUAGAAGGGCAAACAUUUUAGCUUUGAUGACGUCAAACUUGUUUUCUGUUUCAUACUUUGUGCUUGUUGUUUCCAUUUAAGAAACCUUUGCCAAAACCAAGGUCAGUAAGAUUUUCUCUUCUGUUUUCUUCUAGAAAUGUUAUAGUUUUAACUCUGACAUUUAGGUGUACAAAUGGGUCGAUGCUCCAUUUCCAGUUAAUUUUUGCAUACGGUAUCAGGUAAAGGUUGAUUCUUUUGCAUAUGACUAUCUCAUUGUUCUAGCACCAUUUGUUGAAAAGACUAUUCUUUCCCCAUUGAAUUUCCUUGAUACUAUUGUCAAAGUCAACUAACCAUAUAUAUCUUAAUCUAUUUCUGAGAUCCUCUGUUCUAGUCAUGAGUUUGUCUGUCUGUAUAUUAAAACUACAAUGUCUUGAUUAUUGUAUAUUUAUAAUAGGGCUUUAAAUUAGGUAGAGCGAGUCCUCUAACUUUGUUCUUUCUUGAUAAAAUUGUUUUGACUGUUCCACAUCAUAAUCCUUUGAUCCAUGCCAAUAGCACAUUGUUUUAAUGACUGAGGCAUUGCAAUAUUUUUUAAUGUUUAUUAGGGCUAAUCUCAUCAGGAUGUGCUCUUAACCACUCUGAAUAAGGCGCUGAUCUUGAGUGGGCAGAGCUGUCUCCCAACCCCAUUUCCGACUCUUACCCACUCAACUCAUGCAUUGCCUGGAUUCGCCUGUCCCCAGAUGGGGUCUGGAGAAGCAGCCCUUAGGGCAGAGCAGAGUGUGUAGGAGGGGCAAGGAAAGAAGCAGCCUGUUCUUUUCUCAUGGGGAGUUUUGGACCAGAAGGUGCCUGCUGAGUAGCCUGUGUGCCAACUUCCAAAAGGAAAGAUACAGUCAAAUUCUGCCUCGAGUUCUCAAGCUCUGAACGUUUCAGACAUAAAAACAGUUGUUUUGAGAACUACAGUGAAUCACGGGGGGAAAGGGUGGGAGAAGUUCCCAUGGCUUUUCUUUGAAAUUUCUUCACAGCAGCGUGACAGCAUUUAUAUAAAAAGAGAGUUUAUUGGCAGGUUCUGAAACAGAGAGGGAAAACAAUGCUGUUAUUUCAGGCUCUGCCAAUGAUCUCACAUGUAUCCGGUGUCUUUUCUUCAAGGAUUACAAAAUACUUUACAAAUGUUACAUUUCUAGACAGUUAUUAAUCCUUCCAGCACCCCUGUGAAAUGAAGGAUACAGUCUAGUUUGGAUGAAUUCAAAUGGCCUCCCACCUAGGCUCACUCAUCCCCAAACUGAACAAUGAAUGAUGGUGGAAUUCAUUCGUAAGUGCUCGUGGGCUAUUGAUGAGUGCUCCAGAGCGCUUACCCAAGAACACCUGUCAUCCACAUGAUUCUGAAUCCUGGUCAUCCAGACGGCUCUUGUUAACAGGCAAACAGGUAUUUCUCUUAUAGACUUGAACAUUUUUUGAGAAAGACAUCAUGCAACUUCUCUAGGUCAUCCUGUUCAGAUAGAAAUAUUUGUUUUUUUUCUAUAAAAAUCUCUUUUCCUUUUAUGUACAGCUAUGCACCUAUAUGUAAAUUUAAUACAUUUAUAAAUUGUUUCUCAGUAGAAAGGAGUAAUUCAAUCAUUUUCAUUAUAAAAGCCACAGACCCAGCCGUGUGUCUCAUGCCUGUAAUCCCCACACUCCGAGAAGCCAAGGCAGGAGGAUGGCUUGAGCCCAGGUGUUCAAGACCAGCCUGGGCAAUAUAGUGAGACCUUGUCUCUACAAAAACCUUAAAUAAUUAGCUUUGUCGGUGGUGUGUGCCUGUACUCAUAGAAAUUAGGAGGCUGAGGCAGGAGGAUUGCUUGAGCCUGAGGGGAAGAGGUUGCAGUGAGCCCAGAAUGUGCCACUGCACUACAGCCUGGGCAACAGAGUGAGACAUUGUCUCAUUAAAUAAAUAAAUAAAUAAAUAAAUAAAUAAAUAAAUAAAUAAAAUAGCUAUAUAAAAGCCAUAGAAUUUUAGGGCAAAAGGGAAAUUUGAAAUCAUCUUUUUUUUCUUUUUUGUUUAGUGAGUGAGGCCAUUGGUACACAGAUGAGUGGCACCUGUAGCCCAUAAACUGAAAGUCAGGUCUAGAGCCAAGCUCUCUGGAGUUCUUGUCUAGAGCGCUUUCCACUGUGUGGCGUAGACACAGCACACACACCCCAACUUCCUACAUUCCUGUCCAUGGAAGACAUCCACAACCAAUCCCAGCAUGGCCUCCAUUCAAUGUUGCUUCUUCUUUCAGAGAUCCAGGCAGCCAUUUACUUCAAUGGGAGUCCACACAAGCAGAGUGGCUGUGAGAAGUUUCAUUCACAUUCUUUGGAAUCAGAAGUGGAAUUCAAGCAACACCUAUUCUUCUCCUGAUGCUGUCCUGAACCAACACAUUGGGAUCUGCAAGGGUCCUUUGAGUUCAGUUGUCUUCUCAGAGAUGCCAGGAAGCCUCAGGGCAUUGAGUCAUGGAUCCAUAUUUCUCAUUUAAAAAGAAGGCUCUUGAUCCUUCUACCAAGUGAACCUCCCAACUGGUCACUGAUAUCAAGCUCAAGUUAAUCAAACUACAGCCACCGGGACAAGAAGAAGACAACAUCUGAGGUAGACUGCUUUCUCCCAAGAUACCAGAGCAGGCUGUGGAACCUCUUCCUUGUCUUCAGCUAACAUGCCUAGUCCUUAUGUUUACUUUGCAAUUAUUUUAAUUAUCAUAGCUUUCAGAAUCUUAUGCAUCCUUGGUGUCUUAUGCCACGGUGGGGUAGUUCCAUAUAUUCCACUAUUUAGACACACCAUGGGACUCACUGCCUUGCUGGACUCUUUAUAAUCCCCUCUUUUUACACCAUGCUGUACUUCUUCCUUUUCCUUUCUUUCUCGACUCUGCUUGCCAGUUCUUCCUACUCAUGGGAAGAUAAUGCCUAGAUACAGCAAUCCCAAUCCUUGCCUCUGCAGGCAACCUAACUGAGUGUUGGAUACGUCACCUUUCCCCCUGCCGAAUUCAUUGGAGGAAACAGGAAUCCUAUAAUCAUCCCAGUGACCGGCUGCCCUAAUGUGCUCAGUUGCUUGGUACUCCUGUUUGAUCCACUCACUGUUGCCUAUUGGGUGCAUAUUCAUGCUCCUGAGGUUCAUCCUUCUUUUCUCCUCACUGGUAUAUCCCAUAAAUACCUUCCUAUUACCCUACCUUGCAUUUCCUCCCCUUCUUCCGAAUACUCACCACCCCCUCUACUCUAUAUCUUGCAAAAUCCCAUAGAAACAGAACACUUACGAAGACUCCUCUCUGCAGAAUAUACCAAGGAAAGCUUAAGAGUCUUCUCCGUGGCUCCCCAAAUCUGCGGGUUGGAUCAUACCACUCUGUCAUUACCUAAGACAGGUACUUGGUUUGACCACAUACCCUCUCUUGCCUGUAAACAGCUCCUUGAAUUUUCAUAACCUCUCAGGAUAAUUAUGUGCCCCUUCAGGCUGUGUUUUUGGCUGCAGCUAUGUCAGCCAAAAAGAUUUUUUCUACCCCUGCCUCGGGUCCCGAGAAAACGCAGGCAUUUGCUUUCUGGGUCAAGUCAUUGCUCCUGUCACCAUUAUUAAGUCUCUAACUCAGGGAAUAUAGAAUCUACAUCCCAGGGCCAAAAGAGCUCUACCAAUAACUGAUGACUGUGCUGGUGAUAGCCCCUCAGAUUAUAAAGAUGAUAGCUGCGGAUACUCUCAAGGAUGUGAUUACCUGGUGGGCUUAACUCUAGUGAAGGAUCUAAAUGGGAAAGGAUUCUGGGGCCCUGGUUUGGGCUAGGCCCUGCUUGGAAUGAAUAUAGGAUCAGAAACCUUUCCUGCACGGUUAGCAGAAUUGCCCACUCCACUGCCUGUACCAUCAGGGGACAACAGAGAUUUCUAGAUUCCCUUGCCCAUGUGAUCCUGCACAACCACACUGCAUUAGACUGUCUCCUCGUUGCAUGUGGUGGUGUUUAUGCUGUCACUAACCCUUCCUGUUGCACCUGGGUAAAUACUUCCAUUCAGGUUGAAUUAGAAGCAUCUGAGAUCCAAAGUUGGCCAAAGCCUACAGCUGGCUGUCUGAAAAGGACACCUUCAGAAAGCCUCCUGGCUGGGCUUGCUGGAUUAGAAUUCCAAUUUCCAGAUAUUUUCAGCCGGCUUCUUCUGGUAUAGGAUUCCUUCUGUGUUCUGCCCUACAAAUUGUAAUGAAUCUCCUUGGGCUAAGCAUUUGGCUCCUCUUUAAAAUCAUUCUAGCCUGCUUUAACACAUGCCUGCAUGAGACCCUCACCAGGAUCGUGCUGACCCAAGACCUUGAGACUUUAGACUCAUUCCAGCUGGAAACGGAAGCCAGCUUAAGCCAAGAGAUGUUAAUCCAUAUUUAACAGGUGCCUGAGUGCCUCUCAUAAGUAAAUGGCUCUAGUUGCUCAGUUGGUCAUUGCCUUGUCAAAGGAUCUCUGCACGGGACUAGAAGAAUCUGGAACAGGUUGCCAGCCACUCUAGCACGAUGAUGGGAUGCAACCAACCUAAUCAAUCAUCAGUGCUGUCUGCUGACAGGUUUUGAUAAACGGGAGGCGUGUGAACCUUGAAAGAGCCAAUCCCUCAGAUGAAUCCUGAGUGGCUAAUAGCCUAAUUUCAAAAGAGCCAAGUGGUCAUUUGCUUAUUAGAGGUCACACACAUACUUGGAGUUCCUGGAAAACCUGCAUAUCUGCUUAACUUAGGGGCUUUCAUAGCUGCCUGUUCAUGUUUGUGCUACCUGAGCCAACCAAUAGACUGUGACCUACGUCAACAAACCAGAACUCAGCAAGUGUUGACAAAUCAGAACUAAGCAAGUUUGAAUCCUUUAUUUGACUAAGAGGACCUGAGUGGAACCUGGAUGGGAUCUUUCACUGUAAAAGAAAAACCUUCCCUUUGCUCUCUGGAACGUACCUUCAUUUUACACUGAAGGCUGUGUCUCUUCAGUUUGCCAACUGUUACUGUAAUAAAGUCUCUUUCCUCUAAA